AUGAUCACAAUCGGAGAACUCUACCAGCCGACCUGGCCGGCGGCUAGCUGUCCGACCUUUAUCAAGAAGUACGAAAUCCGUACACAUCUACCCGUUCGUGUAUUCCUGCCACAAUCAUACGACAUAAACUCAGGAGCAGUCUUGCCCGUACUAUUCACGAUACAUGGCGGCGGGUUUUCAAUGGGAGAUGCAACAGACGAUGAUCGCUGGAAUCGGCUAGUAGCCGACACUCAAGGAAUUAUGGUCAUAGGGUUGAACCAUUCCAAGGCCCCCUUUGCGCCGUUUCCUACAGCCAUAUAUGAUAUUGAAGCAGUCAUCCUCGCCGUGGUGAGUGAUAUGACAUUGCCCAUUGACCGCCAGCGAACUGCGAUCGGCGGUUCCUUCACCGGCGCGACACUUGCCUUCGCCGUAGUGCAGCUCCAGAGCAUCCGACAGCAGGUCAGGUUCCAAGGUGUGUUCAGCAGUUGUGGGCUGCUGGAACUCGGCAUCUCCGCGUCUGUCAAAGCUGGGACACGUCCCUACAAGCCGACCCUCAGUACCGCCCGCGCCGCAAUGACCGACAAUCUGACACACGCGCUCCCAUCGAUCCAGUGGAGUUACACACCGACGGGCACAGAUAUGACGGAUCCAUUAUAUGCUCCGUUUUAUGCGCCAGCCAGUGCUCUGCCGCCUCACGUCUAUCUGGUAGCGGCUGAGCUUGAUGUCCUGUCGCACGACGCCUGGCGCAUGGCAUGCAGGUUAGCCGGCCGACGAGUGCCUGGCAUGGAGGAGUGCGUCGGUAGGCCUACCGUAGGGGCCAAGUGUAAGCUGGAAUUGGCUGACGACAAGUUCUCUUUCGAGAACAGCACGACACGACCGAACGGCACAGAGAGCAGCAUCAAGUGGCUGCUCGUGCCAGACACGUUACACGGGUUCGACCUCAGGACGCCGGAUGCUCUAAUAGGCGACGAGGCGACCAGUGAAGACGCCAACGACAAGGCUAGGCAGGUGGUAGCUUCACUCGGGCAAUGGCUGAGAGAAACGGUUUGGGCUUAA